AUGCCCAAAAAGCACAGGCAGACAUACCAACCCAAACCAGGCUCGAACUAUGUUCAUCCCUCCCUCGGGGGCAGUCCUCGCCCAAACGAGAGUGCUCAGGAAAAACCUGUGCUAUCCGUCAACGAACGUCUCUCAAACCUGAGGCUCGCCCAAAGAUCCGCAGCCUCAACCGAAAGAAAGCGUCAGCUUGCUGAACUUUCGAAUCAAAGGUCAUUACCACCGAGUCUGGGGCAGGGCAUUCUGGGCCAAGCUGCUGUAGCAGCGCCGGCUCCAAGAAACAGUGCUUCUCUGAGAUCGAGAGUUCGGCUGAGAACGCCUGGCCCUGCCCCUCCGCCUAGUUGGGUGUCGAGACUAACAAGUCAUAGACAAGCAUUGGAAAACCGCUAUUAUCCGGCAAAACGACAACCAAGGACUUUUGGCCAGAAUGGUGCCCCGACGAGGAAUCUACCACAUGGACUGGCCCGCUUCUUGAAUAUGGCAAACGAUAACCCUGUUGUACCUGGUAGUUUAUUGGACAUGUCGUUGAAGGUAGCUGCACAAAACUGGACAGAUAUCGUGGAAGACUGCGGCGAAUGGCUCGACGUGAUUCCACCACAUCUACGUGUUGUCUUGCUCAGUUACAUAACCACCAUGGGACCUCCGGAAGGAGUAUCAAUGACAGGCCUUCAAGCUCUGUUCCCAAAUCCUUCCGAAGCUUCUUCCCUGGACCUAUCGGGAUUAGUAGGCUGGGGUUUCAGUCUCAAAGAACUCAGGAAAUGGCUUCAUAAGUCGGCUGGAGAUGCCAGAGACAUGGCGGAAAAGUCCAAAAGGGAGAAAAGCGAUGUCGCGGAUUCAUGGGACCAGGACACAUCCUCGGACGACAGCGACUUCUUCAUUCCUACAUCACUUAACAACGAUCUCCGACACUUGACCAAGCUUUCCCUGGCUCAACCUCCCUCCUCGGCCUCUUGGACAGACCUUCUACUUCUAUCCAAGGACCUUAACACAAUAACGCAUCUCAGUCUCAGUAACUGGCCCUUCCCGACACGGACUCCAAAUUCCACCUCGCCUUACGCUUCUCUCGAUCGUGACUUCGAAGAGCCAGCUCUAGUCCUUCGCAUGCUAGCCGAGAAUACCUACUGCCUUCGCUGGCUCGACCUCCAAGGUUGUCACUCCUGGCUAUCCGCCUUGACGUAUCGCUCAUAUGCCCUUCCUCAACCGACAGAUUCAGACGAUAGUGACAACGACUGGUCACAACAAACUCAGCGACUCAAAGGUCCAGAUUGGAACGGAGCUUGGCGCCACCUCACCUACCUAAAUCUCGCUCAAGACGCCAACACAUGGUUUCCCGCCAACACGAAAUUUCUCAAAACCUCUUCGUUCCGCCAGAAGAUGGCAAAGACUUAUUUUCGCAUUGGUGUCAAGCAUCAACAGAUCAUCGAUGACUUGCGCGAUUACAUAUCUCUACAUCCAGAGAAAAGAGAGUUUCAAGUCCAACAUUGUGGCGAUUGCCAUGCUUCUGCUGAUCUAGGAGAUUGUUGGGCAGAAUGUGGGGAUUGCAACUCCUACCAUGAUUUGUUUGUCGGUCUGAUGGCUAGAUGGUUGGAAAGAGAGGCUGAGGCGAGGACAGUGGCGAGAGGUAUCAUUGCUGCUAGACAGGGUACAGGUUUGAGGUGUGCCUUUGAUCAUGGGUGGCAGAGUAGAGAGAGUUAUCCUGUCUUGAACUGGUCCUAG